AUGAGCAGUGCAAAGGAAGUCAUAUGUCGAGUGAGAGCACUGUACGCAUAUGAGUCGAAUGACCCCUCUUCACUGUCAUUUAAACCAAAUGCCAUCAUUGAUGUUUUGGCUCAGCUCGAGUCUGGUUGGUGGGAUGGCUGGUCAAAUGGGAAGAGAGGCUGGUUUCCAAGCAAUUAUGUCGAGGUAUUAAAGCCACAAGAGCUGUAUGAAGCAGAAGAGCAGGGACAGGAUGAGAAUGAAUUAUGGGAAUUGCAGCAGCAGUGGAAAUACAGACAGCAACAGCAGCAGCAACAAAGACCUACGCAUCAGCACCGUCAACGUUUGUUGGAUCAGGAAAUGCAGCAACAACUACGUCUCAGUCUGCAUGCUGCCGAUAUGCUGAUUCCCUCCAACAACACAGUACUACAACAACAACAACAGCAGCAGCAGCAGCAGCAAGACGAUGCUUCUGGCUGGAUAGUGCAAACCACCGAAGAUGGGUCAGAACAGUACUACUACAACACUCGAACACAGGAAAUGAGAUACUCCAUCCCCCCUGAGAUUUACAUGGAUGAAAAAGUCAAGCAGUUUGAGCGCCCUCCUGUGCGUCCGGUACGUGCAGCAAAUCGAGCCAUGACAGAGGACCCUACAUACAACACCACUCGUACUGUUAUCCCACCACCCACAUUGAAAGACGAAUUCGAGCUUGAAUUCGAAGAUGAUGAAAGGCUGCCUCCAAACUGGGUACGUAAAGUUACUCCUAAAGGAAGAUUCUACUAUUGCAACAUCAAAACAGAAGAAACCACUUGGGCACUGGAGAACAUUGAUCCUGAUACGGGCGUCUUGAUGUCUUCUGUGCCUGAAUCUGCUUUUCCCACAACACAUCCAUCCCAAGACGAAAACCACCAUGAGCAGACAACAGCAGCACCACCACCACACAAAAGAACAUCGAGAUCAAGUAGCGUAGAAAACGGCAGCAGUGAAAUCAUGUUUCAGGGACCAGUGACAUGGCAAAACCUGUCCUCCAUCAUUGCACACGCCAUCCACAGCCUCAAGGAUUCUGUAAGACAAGGCUACACCAAGUACUUUUGCCAGGAUUCUAUCCAAAUUGUGCAUGGUAUUCGCAUGUUGCUCUAUGUCAGUCAGUGUUUGGACAAGGAGACGUCGAUACAUCUCAAACAACACAAGAAUCUUCGCAGUUUGCAUCGAUCCUUACUGGCAGCAGUUGCCAAACUCGUCUUGUCCACCAAAGUAGCCUCCAGUGCUUGGCCCACACCCGAGUCAUUAGCCAAACUAGAGUCUGAUUCCGAUGAUGUGCUGAUUGCUGUGCGUAAUUUUAUGACCUGUGCGCAAGACAUGCGAAUCCAAUUGAAGGAUGUCAAGCCUGUACUGACGGACAGCCCUUGGAGAACCAGCCCAUUGACCUCCAUGAUGGGUAAAUCAGACAUGGUUACUGCUACCCUUGUCUUGGCUGACAAUGUCAGAGGGGCCAUGGCAUCCUUUAGUGAAAGUGUGGGCGAGACAUUUCACCAGCAAGACCUCAAAAUGACACUGGAGACCCUCAAAGCCAAUGCGCCACUGUUGGUAGCUCAGUUUCGUAACCUCAGCAACACGACAAGCCAUUUCUUGAACACGGUGGAAGAAAUGAGCCAAACAACACCCGAAUUGACCCAGUGCAAGCAACCCAUCUACGCUGCCAUGGGCUCUUUGUUUGUCGUCUCACAAUCCAUUACAAGCUCGGAAUUGAAUGAAGAGCAAGUGCAGAUGGCACGUCAACGCUUGGAAGAGUGUUUACGCACGAUUGAAUCAGGUAUUAAAGACGUGGUGGACAUGGCCAAGCAUCAGCCAAGCCAGCAGCAGUCUCAGAUACCACAGCCAUUGCAACCACCACACAUUGCUGAAGAACGUGAUACGCCUACACCCACGCAGAGGCUCUACAUGAAUGCCAGUCAAUUGUCUCCUACCACAACAGCCACUACACACGCAUUAUCAUUGGAAUCGCGGGACGAUGAAGAAGAUCAGUCUGCAGAAGAGCUGGCCAACAAUAUCCGUCGAUUGGAUAUAGGGCUCAACACACUCAUGGCCAACCCAAUUGAAGUGGCAGAUGAUGUGCUCAGUGACAGCAGUAGCUACCAUAGCGACAUGACAGCAAGCCAGGCAGUGCGUCAACACAAGGACAUGAAGAUUGCUAAAUUCUUUGGCGAGGAUACCAUUGCAGCAGCACGUCGUAGAGACACCGUAUUGACAUCACCCACCAUGACGAACGCAUCGCUCUCUCCCACCACAAAUUCUCUUUUGCAGACUGGCACCAGCACUGCCUCAGCUAUUGGCACUGCAGCCACUACAGAGACACCAUGGUUCUUGCAGUCGGAUGUGGACACAACAGAGAUGAUAUUCAAUAUGGAAGGCAAUGUCAAGGGAGGAACUCUGCAUUGUCUGGUACAACGCUUGACACAGCAUGACCAACUGGAUUCAAAAUUCAAUACCACUUUUUUGCUGACCUACAGAUCCUUCUGUACUACACAGGAACUGUUCAACGAGUUGUUUAAUCGAUACCAAUUGCCAGCACCAGAGGAAUUGACGCCAGAAGAACUGGAGCUUUGGAAGGAAAAGAAGCUCAAGUUGGUGCGUUUACGAGUGUUCAAUGUCAUCAAAUCGUGGCUGGAAACAUACUUUAACGAGGAGGAAGAUCGACCCAUUUUGCCCGAAAUCAGCCACUUUACCGAGCAUGUUAUUGUUGAAUCCAUGAAGUUUGGUGCAGAGCAGCUGGCUAAACUAAUCAAGAAGCGCAUGCUGGCAGAAGACUCGAGUCAAAUCCGUAAAAUGAAGCUGAAUGUGCGCACAGCAGAUAUGCCGGUGCCUAUUCUGCCUAAAAAUAUGAAGCGCAUCAAACUGCUGGAGCUGGAUCCACAUGAACUGGCAAGACAAAUGACAAUCAUGGACUUUAGACUCUACAACAAAAUCAAGCCUGUAGAAUGCUUGGAUAAAAACUGGGGCAAACCUGAUUCGGAUCAAAACCACAUUGCAGCCAAUGUCAAGGCGUCCAUCGAGCAUUCCAAUCAAGUUACUGCCUGGGUGACAGAUUCCAUCCUUAGUAAAGAAGAGGUCAAGAAGAGAGCUGUGGUACUAAAGCACUGGAUAUUCGUGGCAGAGCGAUGUCGCUUAUUAAACAACUACAACACCUGCAUGGCUAUUUUAUCUGCAUUUGAUAAUGGCUCCAUUGGCAGACUCAAACGCACAUGGGAGUUGAUCAGCGCUCGCACUAUGCAAAUAUUACAAAACAUUAGACGGUUGAUGGGUGCCAACAGAAAUUUCAGUGAAUAUAGAGACAUCAUACACAAGGUCAAUCCACCAUGUAUUCCCUUCUUGGGCAUCUACUUGCAAGAUUUGACCUUCAUCGAGGAUGGCAAUGCCAACUUUCUGAAAAAAUCAAACAACCUCAUCAAUUUUGCUAAGCGUAUGAAGACGGCUGAAGUCAUUCGAGAUUUGCAACAGUAUCAAUCCACGCAUUACAUGUUGACUGCAGUGCCAGAUAUUCAGGAAUUCAUCAAGACUCAUUUGCAAUCCAGUAGAGAAGAGGAAGAGUUAUAUAACCUCAGUUUGAGAUUGGAGCCAAGAGAGCGUGGCGAAGAUACAAUUGCAAGAAGAUUGAAAGAGUCUGGAUUAUAA